AUGGGAGUCCGGCGCGGACACAAGCGCUUUCUACCGGCAGCUUUGCUCGCCAUUCUGAGCUUUUGGGGGCUUGCUUUGACUCUGCAUUGUGCCAAGCGCAUAGUUGCAUUUGCACAGCUGUUUGGCAUCUUCAAAGACCAUGCAGGUGUACGGAUUACACAGGACGAAAUUUUCGCUUCCUAUAACAGCACAAACUCCGAAAUUCAAAGCCCUCCGGUACCGAGGAUAAUACAUAAAAUAUUUCAUAAUUGGAGCAAUCCGGAUGACGACUCACUUCCAGCAGACUGGCAACCAGAACACCAAACUUGUCUAGACUUCAACCCUGACUGGGAGCAUAUGCUAUGGACAACGAAAAGCUCCGAAGAAUUCAUCAGAAAAGAAUUUCGAUGGUUUCUCUCAACAUACAAGAGCUACAAAUAUCCUGUUCAGAGGGUAGACGCUAUGAAAUAUUUCGCCCUCCGUCAUUACGGUGGAAUCUAUAUCGACAUGGACAACGGCUGCUCUGCGAAUCUUGACCCCCUGACCCUAUAUCCAGCUUUCACUACGGACGGCGGACACGGUGCUCUUAGUAACAACAUAAUUGGUGGGCAGCCUGGUCACCCAUACUUCGUCCUUCUCACUGAGAACCUCAUGCUCUGGAAGGUUAACUACUUGCUCCCAUACGUGACUAUUAUGUUUUGUAGUGGACAAUGGUUUUCCACAGCAAUGUGGGAGAAGUAUCAUUCGUUGCUAUCUUCGGAUGGGUCACUCCGUGGCAUCGCAGGGGCCGGAUGGAACCCUUUGCACCGUGUUCUCAUGGACAUGCGUCCUGGCGCUGAUCCCUGGGUAUUCUUCACCCAAACUCAAGGUGAAUCAUGGGCGGACUGGGAUUACACGUUGCUCAAAACUAUUGGGGACCAUAUUGUCUUAUUUAUUUCAUUUCUAACUGCCCUUGUGGGCUUUUUGAUUUGGUCAUGCGUGCGAUUUAGGGCCCGGUCCAAUAUUGACGACCGAGAGCACAAAAAGAUGGAUGCUUGA